AUGAUGCUCCAAGCUUACAAUUCGAGAGAGCUAAGCUACAAAAAUCUCCACAACCCAAUUCAACACCACAUUGUUUCUUCACCAUGGUUUAAGCUUAAUUGCCAUUCAAGAACACUAGUUUUGCCCACCAAAACCAUAAUUAAUGGUAAAAAGAAGAGCUAUGGAGGUGUUUUGCCAUCGAUUUUACAAUCUUUGGAAUCUGAUAAUGAUAUUGAGAAAACCCUUGAUUUGUAUAAUGGGAAGCUUAAUCCCAAAGAACAAACUGUGAUUUUCAAAAAGCAGACUAGUUGGGAAAAGGUUCUUAGGAUUUUUGAGUGGAUAAAGUCACAGAAAGAGUAUGUUUCCAAUGUAGUUCACUAUAAUGUUGUGCUUCAGGCAUUGGGUAGAGCUCGAAGAUGGGAUGAGUUGAGGCUUAGUUGGAUUGAAAUGGCAAAAAUUGGUGUUUUACCAACGAAUAAUACUUAUGGGAUGCUUGUUGAUGUGUAUGAAAAAGUCAGUCUUGUAAAAAAAGUGUUUUUGUGGAUUAAGCACAUGAAGGUCAGGGGAAUUUUUCCUAAUGAGGUGAUGAUGAGUACAAUCGUUAGAGUUUUGAAGGAUGUGUGGGAAUAUGAUAGGGCAUAUAGGUUUUAUAAGGAUUGGUGUGUUGGGAGGGUUGAAUUGGAUGAUCUUGAUUUGGAUUCUAUAGCUGAUUCUAAAUCUAGGUCAGGUGUGGAACCCAUUAGUUUGAAGCAUUUCCUUUCAAUCGACCUUUUUAGGAUUGGUGGGAGUAUUUUUGGUAAAGUUCUUGAUUCGUUGGAUACUAAGAACUCUGUUAGGAAGCCCCGACUUACAACUACUUACAAUACUUUGAUUGAUUUGUAUGGAAAGGCAAGUCGCUUGAAAGAAGAUGUAGAUGUGUUUGCAAGUAUGUCCAAAUUAGUUGUUGUAGAUGCCAUCACUUUCAACACUUUGAUAUUCACUUGUGGAAGUUGCGGUUAUUUGUCAAAAGCAGAAGCUUUGCUUGGUAAGAUGGAGGAAAGGGGAGUCAUUUCUAUUACAAAAACUUGCAACUUCUUUCUCUCUCUAUAUGCUGAUGUGGGCAACAUGGUGCAACUCUUGGGUAUUAUAGGAAGAUUAGCGGGGUGGGCCUUUCUUUUGCCUACAAUGUUGCCAUAUAUGCUUAUGGGACUUCAGGAAAAAUCGACAAGGCACUGA